AUGGAGUACUUGAACACUUACCUCGCGGUAUUUCUCCUGUUUCUUUCGAAAGUUUUAGCUGAAGGCGAAACGAAAGGAUACCUUCGUAGAGAGCAUUCCGUUUUAAAAGGGGCUGGUCCUUCUAUUCCUUAUUGGGAUUUCCUUGGAAGUACAUUUAUUUCCAGCAGCUACAUUAGAUUAACACCUGACCAUCAAAGUAAGAAAGGGGGUUUGUGGAAUAAUGUGCCAUGUCAUGUCAAAGACUGGGAAAUGUUAAUUCAUUUUAAAGUACAUGGAGUUGGUGACACAUUAUUUGGAGAUGGAUUUGCAUUUUGGUAUUCCAAAGACAGGAUGCAAGAAGGUGAUGUAUUUGGUAGCAAGGAUUAUUUUUAUGGUCUUGGAGUAUUCUUUGACACCUACAGUAACCACAAUGGUGAACAUCAGCAUGAUCACCCUUACAUUUCUGUAAUGGUUGGAAAUGGAUCUCUUCACUACGAUCACGAUCGAGAUGGAACACAUAGUCAAGUGGCUGGCUGCUCACAAAGUUUUCGUGGAAGAGGUCAUGAUACCUAUGCACUGAUCCGUUAUUCUGGAACACAGAAUCGUCUGACAAUACUGGUGGACGUAGAGAACAAGAACGAGUGGGAGGAUUGUUUAGAUGUAGGUGGUGUGAAGCUGCCAACAGGAUUGUAUUUUGGAACAACAGCAGCUACAGGACAACUUGCUGAUAACCACGACAUCAUAUCCUUGAAGUUCUACGAAACUGAAAUGCCAAUGUCGUCUGAUUCUAAAGGAGCUGAUGAAGAUCGAGCCAAAAUAGUUCCGUUUGCAUCUGGUGCCGAACAAUACAGAGAACGCGUAGAGGACGUGCAAGGCAGUUUUUCAUCUAAGACUGUAAAGGUCUUCAGCUGGCUCUUCUGGUUUGCCCUUGUUGCCGUAUGUGUCGUUGGAGUCUCUAUUUACGUAUACCAGAAACGUCAAGAAGACUCCAGGAAAAGAUUUUACUGAGUGACAAUGAACGCUGGUCUUGAAGUUGGACACUUAACUCAAAAGUCAAAACAUUGUUCGUGCGGAGACUCAAUUUCUUGAUAAAGUAUGGAAAUUUGCCAAAGCCUUGAGGAGAAAAAAAGGAAAAGUGUGGUGUCUUAUAUGAGGUGCGACAGGUGUUUCACCAAUUGAUGGAUUAAAUAUUUUUAAAUAGCCUAAUUAACCCAAAGUGCCUCGGCCAAAACGUUUCAUGAAUGGAAUCAGAGCGUUUGCAAUCGUGGAUCGAAGCCUGGGCAUUCAUAUUUUUCUCAGACCUUGUGAUUGGAGUCUCAACUUUGAGUGUGGAAAUUGAAAUGAUCGAUUAGAAAAAAAAGUAGUGAAUUUGGUACAGAAAAUGCACACUUAUCCUUGGAAAGGAAAUGUAUUUCCUGCGAUGGAAUCAAGAUGAUUUAUUUCAUAAACUUUUCCCAAUCUUGAAAACACAAAGAUGUUUAUUUAAACAAGUUUUAUCGAUAGGUCUGACAACCAUUAGUAGAAAAUUAGAAUUUUUCUCAUCGUCUGGGUGUAGAGCGGAAGAAGUGAUAAUUUAGGGAAAUCGUCAAUAUUUAUACAUAAGUACUCGCUGUUUAGAAAUUAUAGCUUAAUCCGGACUGCACAAGUAGAUAAGUAGAGCAUAGUUUAAUUGAGUGUCGAAAGUUAUCUUUGUGUUGGUUUUGUUUUGUUUGCUCCAAAACUGGCGUGAGAAUCUCGUUUCACCCUCUCAACCAAUCAGGUGCAAGACAGAAACCAAUCACGACUUAGGCGCUCACGAUUUCCCGCGCUUUAGGCAGUGUAAGUGAAAAUACCUCUGAUUGACUCUGUCUGGUAUUUUCCUUUUGGACUGGACCUUCUGAUUGCUUUGGCGUUAGUUUUUUACUCUCCUUAAAAACGUGCUCCAUUUUUUACUCGGUUUUCCGUUAGGCUAGAUACGGUAUCCACUCUUUUAGGGUUAGAUUAGUGUAAUGAGAACUUAAAGACAUUUCAGUCAGGAGCUUCUAGUUGUGUUCAAUAGCAUUCGUCAAACAAUCAAACCGCUUUGAAUCCGCUUUGGGGGGGGGGGGGGAUGGAGUGGUAUGGGAAGUAGGGCAAAUAACUAUCUCCUUAAUAAACCUAUGUUUGCUCUGCUUUCCCCUCCUCCCGUCACGCAAACCAAGAGAUUUACCUAUUAGUUUACGUUCACGGGCGUAGCGUUUAGUAAAGCACAAAUUUAAGACUGGGCCAAAUAUUGCCCGCAAAAUGUUACCAUCAAAAUGAAGUUAGAGAAUGUUAGCUUUACAUGGAUAAAAAUGGCUUUUUAAUGAAUUGUUAUUCCAUCUAGUUUUUUUGUAGCUACUGAAUGUCAAAUAUAUUGUUCCAUGUCCUUGUUAGA